CGCGUAGCACACCACCGCGCAUCGUCUUUCGGCCGGCAGCAGCGAUGGAGCGCGAGCGUGACAUGGGCGUCAUCUUCAAAGUGUCGGGGCCACGUAAGCCAACACUCAACCUCACCUGGACACACUCACCCUCCCUCUCUCCGCGCCACGCCUGCUCGCUGUGCUGAAGAGAGAGAGAGAGAGAGAGAGAUGCGUGUGUGGACAGAGAGGCAGGAAGGGCCCCUCCCUGUGUGGGAGGCCAGGGCAAAAGGCCAGGCCGCACCAUGAUAUGAUCUCUCUCACUGUCUAUGUGUGGGUCAUCCGUGUGUGUGUUGUGUAGUGGUGGUCGCCGAGAACAUGCUGGGGAGCAAGAUGUUUGAGCUGGUGAGCGAGCCGCACAGACAGACAGACAGACAGAUGCGCAAAACCACAGGACAGGCACACAGACAGAUGCGCAUGUCGUGUGUGUUUGGGUGUGGUGUGUGUGUUAUACAUAUAGGUGCGUGUGGGCCACGCCAAUCUGGUUGGGGAGAUCAUCCGACUGGAGGGCAGCAACGCCUCCAUCCAAGUCUACGAGGACACAUGUAAGCCACACACACGCACAUCGACCGACGGCCGCAUACUGAGGGAGGGAGGGAUGCGUGGAUGGAGAGGGAGAGGGAGAGGAUCUGUAUGGUAUGCGUGUGUGUGCUGUGUUUGUUGGCCUGGCCGCCCAUCUGAUGAAUGUGGUGCAGCUGGGUUGACUGUCGGGGAUCCCGUGGUCAAGACGGGGCAGCCCCUCUCCGUCAUGCUCGGACCUGGUCAGUGAUGACACACACACUUGAACACAACACAUCGGUGGCCGGACAGACAGGCAGACAAACAGACAGACAGACAGACAGACAGACAAUGUGUGUGUGUUUCUGAUCUGCUCUGCUGUGGUGUGGUGUGGUGUGGUCCACGGUGUGUGUGGUGUCUGUGUGCAGGCAUCAUGGACAACAUAUUCGACGGCAUCCAGCGGCCGCUGGAGGGCAUCUUCAACAUGUGCAACAAGGACAUCUACAUCCCCAGGGGCGUCGAGAUCAAGGAACUAGGUCCGUCCGUCAGCCAGCAAAUAAGCCAGCCAGCACCUCACUCCCCGCCACACACAGAUAGAUGUUGCUGUCUGUGUGUGUGUGUGUGUGUGUGCAGACAUGUCUAAGUCUUACGAGUUCAACCCCCUCAACGUCAAGGUGAGUCGGUUGCUUAAGCAAUUGUUUUUAAGUGCUCCUUGGGUCUCUCUCUCGUCGUGUGUGUAUCUGUGUGUGUGUGCUAUAUAUGUAUCAGGUGGGCGACAUGCUGUCUGGCGGCGACGUCUUCGGCACAUGCAUCGAGAACGAACUCGUCAACCAACACAAGUAUGCCGACCGUCGCACCACCACACACACACACACACACGUGCACACGAGGGCGUGUCUGUGUGUAUAUGUGUGUGAAUGGAUGUGAUGAAAGGAUCAUGGUGCCGCCCAACUCCAAGGGCCGCGUCAAGUACAUCGCACCCGCCGGCACCUACAGCCUCAGUGUGCGUAUGGCUGCAGCCAAUCCACAUACACACACACACACACACACUCCGAUCUCCUUGCCCUGCGUGUGGUGUGCAAACAGGACAAAGUCAUGGAGCUCGAUUUUCAGGGCAAGGUCAGCAGUCCUCUCGUCCUCCCUCCCUCCCUCCCUCCCUCUGUGUGUGUGCGCAUCUGUGUGUGUGUGUGUGUGUGUGCAGGUGGAGCCGCUGUACCUCUACCACUACUGGCCGGUGCGCCAGCCCAGACCCAUACACGAGAAACUCGCAGGACAGGUCAGUCACUCUCACCCACACAGACAGAUACCCUCACACAGACACAUGGCUCUCUCUCUCUCUGUGCGCGCGUGUGUGUGUGUGUGUGUGAUUGUGAGCAGGAAGCUCUGCUGACCGGCCAGCGCAUUCUGGACUGCCUCUUCCCGUCUGUGUUGGGCGGCACGUGCGCCAUCCCAGGCGCAUUCGGCUGCGGCAAGACCGUCAUCUCACAGGCACACACACACACACACACACACAGAGAGAGAGAGAGAGGGGUCCACCGAGUCAAUCGUAUCGUCCGUCGUAUGGUGUGGUGUGUGUCAAUGUCUUGACAGGCGCUGUCCAAGUACUCGAAUAGCGACAUCAUUGUGUAUGUGGGCUGCGGCGAGCGCGGCAACGAGAUGGCCGAGGUGCUCAAGGACUUCCCCGAACUCACACUAGAGAAAGACGUAAGUCCUUGAGAAAUGGACCCCCCGGGCACACACAAAAGGACGAUGGCUGACCGACACGCAGGGCAAGGAGAUCGGAGUGAUGAAGCGCACCUGCCUCGUCGCCAACACGUCAAACAUGCCGGUAAGCCAGUCUCUAGAUGAUCGACAGACACACACACAGCACAGAUCCGCAUGUGUGAAUGCAAUGCCUGGCUGUGUGUCGAGUGCAGGUGGCUGCUCGCGAGGCGUCCAUCUGUGAGACGCAGAGAGAGAGAGAGACAGAGAGACAGAGAGAGAGAGAGAGGAUUGCAGACACGCAUAGCAAUCACCACACGGACUCUCUGUCUGUCUCUGUCUCUCUGUGUGUGGGCCUGUGUGGACGCUGCAGACACGGGCAUCACGCUGGCCGAGUACUUCAGAGACCAAGGUUUGAAUGUGAGCAUGAUGGCCGACUCCACAAGCCGAUGGGCCGAGGCGCUGCGAGAAAUAUCAGGUGCUUAACAUGCAGACACACAAACACACACAGAGAGACACAGAGAGAGAGAGAGAGAGGAUGUGUGUGCACACAGGUCGUUUGGCUGAGAUGCCUGCUGACAGCGGCUAUCCCGCCUACCUCGGCGCGCGGCUCGCAUCAUUCUACGAACGCGCCGGUGCGUCGCGUCCCCCCCCGCCCCCCCCCCACACACACGAACGAUUGUGUGAUGUCUGUGUGUCUCUCGUGCGAAGGUCGCGUCAAGUGCCAGGGCAGCCCGGAGAGAGAGGGCACCGUCACCAUCGUUGGUAUGUCACACACACACACGCAGAGAGAGAGAGAGAGGGGACACUUUGUGUGUGCGCGCCUGUGUGUGUGUGUGUGUGUCACCAGGUGCCGUGUCCCCCCCUGGCGGCGACUUCAGCGACCCCGUGACGGCCGCCACACUCGCCAUUGUGCAAGUCUUCUGGUGCGCACGACUCGUGCGGUGUGCAUGGCUGAUGCGUGUGUGUGUGUCAAUGUGGUGCCUCCAUGUCCCUGUGUGUGUGUGUGUGUGCAGGGGGCUGGACAAGAAGCUCGCCCAGCGCAAGCACUUCCCAUCAGGUGCGUGCAUCACACACACACACACACACACAGAGAGAGAGAGAGAGAGGGAGAGAGAGACGGGUCGAUGAGUCCAUCCAUCCAUCCAUCCGUGUGUGUGUGUGUGUUGGUCAGUGAACUGGAAUAUCUCCUUCUCCAAGUACCUGAGGACGCUGGAACCUUACUACAACAAGUACGACCACCUGACACACGCACACACACAUGGGAGAGAGAGAGAGACAGAGAGAGAGAGAGCGAGCCCACUGAUGGAUGGAUGGAUGGCUCACUGCAACUGCAGGUACGAGCCGGAGUUCCCCACCCUGCGGCAGAAGUACAGGGAGAUCCUGCAGGUAAUCAAUCGCCGUCAAUCCAUCCAUCCACCUGAGCUGUCUGUCUGUCUGUCUGUGUGCGACGUGUGACAUCUGUCUGCAGCAAGAGAACGACCUGACCGAGAUUGUGCAGCUGGUCGGCAAGGACUCCCUCUCAGAGGUAUGCAUGUCUGUGUGUCUGUGUGUGUGUGUGGUACCAACACACCAGACCACAUCCAUGCGCACUCACACGGACGGCGCCGCUUGUGGAUGGAUGGAUCGACUCCCUCUCUCUGUCUCUCCCUCUGUGUCUGUGCAGGACCAGAAGGCCACACUGGAAGGCGCGCACACCCACACACGCAUCCAUCCAUCUAUCCAUCCGUCCAUGUGUGUGUGCCUGUCUGUGCAGUGGCUCAGAUCAUCCGUGAGGAUUUCCUGCAGCAGAAUGCCUUCAGCGACUACGACUACUUCUGCCCCUUGCAGAAGGUGAUCACACAGCCAGCCACCCCACAGGUGGAUGUGUGUGUGUGUGUGUGUGCAGACGAUCGGCAUGAUGCGCGUGACGUGCGCAUUCUACGAUGCCGCACUCAAGACGAUGGCCGGUGGGUUGGUCCGCACACACACACACACACACACAAAAGACAGAGAGAGAGAGAGAGAGAGCAUAUCUGUGUGUGUGUCAACGUGUGUGUUGACGUGUGUGUGUGUAGACUCGAGCAGCGACGAGAAGAAGAUCACCUUUGCGACCAUCAAGCACUCGCUCAACGACCUCAUCAACAAAAUCACCGCCAUGAAGUUCCAGGCAACCCACCCACACACCGUCACACACAGCAAGCACUCACUGAUCAUCCACACACUCGUCUCAUCCGUCCGUCGUGUGUGUGUGUGUGUGUGUGUCGCAGGCGCCCAAGUCGACGAGCAAGGAGUUUGAGGACUACUUCAAGGUAGGUAUCGAUAAUGUCAUCACCCUACACACGGCUGUGGACCACUGACACAUCUCUGUGUGUGUGUGUGUGUGUGCAGGGUUUGUUGGACGAGGUGGAGAUUUCAUUCCGCAAGCUCACCGAGGACUAAACACACACAACACAACACAAG